CAUGCCUUUCUUCUCCCAAACUUCUUUCCAGCUACAAAUGUGGCCAGAGGGCGUCCAGCUUUUCAAUCGUCCACUAUUGAAAGCCAGUUCAAUUCAGUGGCCAGAAAAGCCGUGGACGGGAAUUGCAGUGGACGCUGGAUUGGGCAGGACAGUUGCACCCACACCAAGAAAGAAAAGGACCCCUGGUGGUACGUGGACCUGGGGAGGCAGUAUGCCAUUUCAUCCGUGGUGGUGAAAAGCCGCGAGGACUGCUGCGGAGAGAGGCUCCGGGGAGCACAGAUCCGCGUGGCAGACUGCGUGCCCAACCGUGGAUUUUCCAACCGUCUCUGUGGGACCAUCACCAACACCCGUCUGGGCGCCAUCAGCACCAUCUCCUGCAAAGGUCAAGUGGGGCGCUAUGUCAUCGUCACCGUCCCUGGUCGCACGGUAUCCCUGGCCCUGUGCGAGGUGGAGGUCUACGGGACCAAAGUGUGAAGCCAGCACCCACGUGUGUCAGGACAGACAUGGGGAUAAUUCAUCAUUUAGAUCAGUUUUGACUCUCAAAUAAACUUACUUUAAGCAACA